AUGGCUAAUUUGAUUUUCCAGCCAAAAUUCAAUUUCUUAAACUGGAAUCAACCUGCUUCCAAAAUUCGAAGCCAGCUCGCUAAUCUGCGAGUCUUAUGUGUUGCAGGUGCAUUCAAGCAGAUGGGUCAGUCGAGCAUGGGUUCAAAAGAGAAAGAGAGAGAGAUAGAGGAAAGUGCGAAUCAUAUGAAGUGGGGCGCGGGGCGAGGCGCAAGGUCUAGAACCGUCGAGCGAAGAGGAGAGGCGCAAGGUCUGGAACUGCAGAGUGAAGAGGAGAGAGAGAAACCACCACGAGAUACACAGGAUUCGGAGGGAGGAUGACGGUCAGAAUUUAUGGCUGCUUUAUCACUUUACCGGCCUUGCCGCGUCUCCUUUAGCCACGAUGAGGGCAGGAUCUCACGAUGAACUUUGGCACUCGACUGCUCGCUACACUCGAGAAACGAUUGUGAGGGCUCGUUUGAAAUACAGAAGAAAGAAAAGAACAGGAAUUUUUAAUUUU